CUUCCUGCAGCGGCCGAACCACAACUCCCAGAAGCCCUUUGGGUGUCGGUCUGGCUCUGAAAGUGAAAACAAACUUCAGGGCUGCGCGUUUCAGGGAGGGAAAGCGCCACAUGUUUCGUUUCUCUUUUGUUUCCGCUCCGGGAGCCCAGUGAUGCGUAAAGGGAGCGGGCGGGAGCCGCCUUGCCAAGCGGGGCAGCAGGAAGAGCGCGCAAGUUCUCCUUGCCGGGCUUGAAGCCAAGGAAACUCCGGCGGGAAGGCCGAGCAAGAAGCGGCAGCCGCUGCCGCCGCCCGGUGCAUGCGGUGCGCCUCGCAGGAGCCGCGCGGACGACCUGCGAACGGGAGUCCGGUUCCCGCUGCGCUGCCAGCCGCCCUUGGAGCGAGGGGCUUUGGGUGCACCUCUCCCGCUUUCUCCUGAAGCAUGUGGGGCUGAAGGGGGGAAAGCAGCGAUUUCCCUGCAACCCCGGAGCAAUAAAUAAACAUGGAGGCGACGGCUGCUGCUACUGCUGCUGCUGCAGAAAAGCCAGGUGGCGAGGAACAGAGCCCCCCGGGCUCCAGCGCGGAGGCCCCGGCGGAUUCCUCCAUGGACGCCUGCCUGCGAUCUCAGGGGUUGUACCGCAAGCGAGUGGCGAAGGACGGGUCAUGCCUCUUCCGAGCCGUGGCGGAGCAGGUUUUCCAUUCCCAGGCUCAACAUCUGGACAUUAGGAUAGCCUGUAUACACUUCCUGCGGAACAACAGAGAGCAUUUUGAAGCGUUUAUAGAGGGACCAUUUGAAGAAUACCUGAAGAGUCUUGAAAAUCCUCAGGAAUGGGUCGGACAAGUGGAAAUAAGUGCCCUUUCUCUUAUGUACAGAAAAGACUUCAUAAUAUAUCAGGAACCAAAUUCUGCUCCUUCGCAUGUAACUGAAAAUGGCUUUCCUGACAAGGUAUUGCUGUGUUUCACCAGUGGAAGCCACUACGAUAUUGUCUAUCCGGUAGAAUACACAGUCAGUGCUGCUCUUUGCCAGUCUAUUCUGUAUGAAAUUCUGUACGAGAAAGUGUUUGGUGUCGAUGUGAGUAAAAUCUUAAAAGAACUCAGCCCUCCUGAAGUGACUAAGGAUGCCGACAGAAACAGUGAAGCGUCUGAUUCAGAGGACGGAGACAUGGAGUAA